AUGGGUCCUGGACCCCCGGCGGCCGCGGCGGCCACCCCGCAGGCGCUGCCCCUGGUGGCGCGGCUCAGCUACGCUGUGGGCCACUUCCUCAAUGACCUGUGCGCGUCCAUGUGGUUCACCUACCUGCUGCUCUACCUGCACUCGGUCCGCGCCUACAGCUCUCGCGGCGCCGGCCUGCUGCUGCUGCUCGGCCAGGUGGCCGACGGGCUGUGCACGCCCCUCGUGGGCUACGAGGCCGACCGCGCCGCCGGUUGUGUCCGCUGCGGCCCGCGCAAGGCUUGGCACCUGGUCGGCACCAUCUGCGUCCUGCUGUCCUUCCCCUUCAUCUUCAGCCCGUGCCCGGGCUGCGCGGCCUCCACGCCCGAGUGGGCUGCCCUGCUCUACUACAGCCCCUUCAUCGUCAUCUUCCAGUUCGGCUGGGCCGCCACGCAGAUCGCGCACCUCAGCCUCAUCCCGGAGCUCGUCAGCAACGACCACGAGAAGGUGGAGCUCACCGCUCUCAGGUAUGCCUUCACCGUGGUAGCCAAUAUCACAGUCUAUGGCGCCGCCUGGCUCCUGCUGCACCUGCAGGGCUCCAUCCACGCCAGGUCCAACCAGGAAUUCAGUGACCAGCUGGGUGUCCAGGAUGUACCUGUCUUCCGGAAUCUUUCCUUGCUGGUGGUGGGCAUAGGAGCCAUUUUCUCGCUGCUGUUCCACCUGGGCACCCGGGAGAGGCCCCGACCACGGCUGGAGGGGCACCAGCCACAGCCCGAGGAGCCGAAUGAACAAAGCCCCCUAUUGACCCCCACGGCCCGGCCUGUGCUGCUUUGGAAACACUGGCUUCGGGAACCAGCCUUUUAUCAGGUGGGCCUGCUGUAUAUGAGCACCAGGCUCAUUGUGAACCUGUCCCAGACUUACAUAGCCAUGUACCUCACCUACUCCCUCAACCUGCCAAAGCGGUUCAUCGCGACCAUCCCCCUGGUGAUGUACGUGAGUGGGUUUGCCUCCUCCUUCCUCAUGAAGCCCGUCAACAGAGCCAUCGGGAGGAAUCUGACCUACUUCGCCGGCCUCCUGGUGAUCCUGGCCUUUGCGGCCUGGGUGGCGCUGGCCAGUGGGAUGGGCAUGACCGUGUAUGCAGUGGCUGUGCUGCUGGGCGCCGGCUGCGCCACCAUCCUCAUCACCUCACUGGCCAUGACAGCAGACCUCAUCGGCCCCCACACGCACAGUGGAGCCUUCGUGUAUGGUGCCAUGAGCUUCUCGGACAAGGUGUCCAACGGACUGGCGGUCAUGGCCAUCCAGAGUCUGUCUCCCUGCGCGUAAGUGCCCGCCCUGGUGGCCACCCCUCACUGAAUCUUUCCUGAGCCAGCUCCGCCAUUUCAUCCAUCGUCCAUUCAUCUGUUGCUUCAUCUGUCUGCCCAUGCAUUCACAUGCCCACUCGUCUCUUCACACAUCCAUUCAUGACGUCAUACGUAUCUUCAUAUGUCCAUCCAUGACAUCAUAUGUCUCUUCGUACAUUCAUGAUGUCAUACAUUUCUGCAUAUUCCUUUCUUCAUUCACUUAUUUGUUUCAUCAUCCAGCAGUUCCUUUGUUCUUUGUUCACCAUUUGCUCGUUCGUCAUUAACAAAUUCAUUUGUUCAUCCACCGAUCAAUCCAUCUACUCACUCAGUCAGCCAUCUACCCACUCACCCAUCCACUCACUCGGCCAGCCACCUCCCAUCUACCCACCCACUCCCCCAUCUACCCAUCUAUGCAUCCACCCAUCCAUCUUC